AUGACUGCGACUACACACGAAAAAGCACUCUCUGAGCUGCGAAAGAGUGGAGACCGCUUGUUUUUCCAACAGAAUGGUCAGACAAUAUCUCCCUGGCACGAUAUGCCAUUGUUCGCAGCCCGCCAGAUGGAGACCCUAAAUAUGGUUGUCGAAAUUCCCCGGAAGAGCCACUCAAAAAUGGAGAUCUCCAAAGACGACCAGUACAACCCCAUCAAGCAAGACGUUUCUAAAGGAGAGCCAAGGGCCAUUGCUGAUGUACUACCUUUUCAAGGCUACCCUUGCAACUACGGCCCUUGCAACUACGGCGCAUUACCGCAGACCUGGGAAAGCCCGAAUAUAGUAGACACUAAGACGGGGAUCCCGGGAGAUAAUGAUCCGCUGGAUGUCUGUGAGAUUGGAAACCAACCGCUCGGUGGCUUUGCUGUUUUGGAUGAAGGAGAAACGGACUGGAAAGUUGUAGCGAUCGAUCUCAAUGACCCGCUGGCAUCGAAUUUGUCAGACAUUCAGGACGUGGAUGCUGUACGUCCUGGAUAUCUUGAUUUCCUCAAGGCAUGGUAUAAGCUGUAUAAGGUUCCGGAUGGGAAGCCAGAGAAUACUAUUGCUCUCGGAGGCAGGUUGGAAGAUCAACGUUGCUAUGUUGAAUGGAAGAAGACUAGGACGGGGCAUCCUGGCUAA